AUGUGGAGGUCAUCAAUUUCCGUCUACCAGGUUUUGGAGCCGGCAAUCUUCCAAAGCAACCGGUGCCUGGGCUGCCAACUCCGCAGCACCAGAACCCUUUCGAACCUCCGCUCUAUACGCCAAUACGCCACGACCAACAGCACGAAACCCUCGAGCGAUGCUAGCAAUGCUGAAUUCAAGAUCUCUCCUCGUCCACAAAGGGAGGCACAACCCCUUCGACGCUCCGUUCCUUUCCAACAGAACCCGACCCCAACCCCCAAACCAUCUUCCAAACCAGGCGACCUGGACUUCGUACCCCCAGUAUUGAGUCGUCCGAUCGGCGCAGCAGCCCCCCCAGAAGUGGGAGAGAAUACAGGUGUCGAUUCUCGUACAAUUAAGGAACGACGCGAUGACUUUGUCGACUACGAUAAGCAUAUCGCGCGCCGGAAGGAACUAACUCGACUAGUCGCAAAGCCCUACUUCCGCGAAUGGUCAAACUUGCAAUACCACAAGGGUAAAACCUUCAUCUCGAACCCACGACUCUUCCGCGCCGACAAGGCUCUUUACUUCCCCAACCUCCACGGCAUAACUCUCGCCUCUCCAAAAGAUCCUCAAGAUACUACAGCUAUCUUCCGAGGCAAAGUUAGCGUCGUGAACCUCUUCUGCAGUCUAUGGGGUGAGGAGCAAACAACUACAUUCACCGGCAAUUUCUCAGGCGAAGACAGGAAUCCGGCGCUGAAGGAACUGCUUGCGAAUAAUUCUAAGUAUGCGCAAAGAGUCGAUCUCAAUCUCGAGGAAAAUCGCAUGAAGGCAUGGCUAGUAAAGCGGUUUUUGGGUGGCGUGCGCAAGAAGUUCCCAGUCGAGCAGCACCCGCGCUAUUUUUUGAUUGAGAAGGGAUUUGACGAGUCCUUGAAGGAGGCGGUUGGUAUGGUGAAUAAAUUCGUGGGAUACGUUUAUCUUGUUGAUGCCGAUUGUCGAAUUCGGUGGGCAGGUAGUGGGCCCGCUCACCCCGACGAGGUGGAGGCCAUGCAUAUUGCGUUGGAAAAGUUGAUUGCCGAGCAAAAGGCUGCUGUUGAGUUGCAGUCAUCGGCUCGUCGUUAA